UCAGAGGAAGUAGGAUAAGCGAUUUUUCAACAAAACACGUCUGAGAUUGAAAAGAGCUUGAGGGUUCUUGUCCCAGGACUCCCUAGUCCCUCCCGCUGCUUAAUGGUCAAAGUCUGAAGUCCCACGACAACAACGACGUUGUAUUUAUAACUGAUGAGUAGCUCCUGAUGUUGAACAACAACAACAACAACCAUUACGAUUAGACCAUGGCUUUCUUUUCUGGUUUCUUUGACGAGUGCCAGAAAAAAUGUGUUGUGGACAGCCACGAAGUCGAGAUCGUGCAUGCAGGGUCGUCGUCGCCUUAUUACCUUAAGGGUUCGUACAACGCGAACAUCACAUCUUAUGGAGGUAAGGCUUUGGCGUGCUUUUCAAAUAUGCUUUGUAAAGUAGGUUGGGCAGGUGCAGUUGCAGUAUGAUGCGCAAAAAAGCUAAAACAUUUUAUUCAACGUAGUACAUCCCGUGAUGUUAUUCACUAGUACCAGUACUAGCAGAAUCUACUUCAUAUAAUGAGAAGAGAUAAAAAGAUUUCAAUUGGGACUAGUAGGAUGACCCAAGAAAGGACAUCAGGUUGAUGUUACAAGGAUAAGAAGAAAUAUUCUUACGAAAGAUCGGACAUUACUAAGAUUAGAUGAAUAGAAGCCCACGCUAAUGAGAGCGCAUACGGAGGCGCUGUCAAAAGUAGCUUCUUUCCUUUUCCAGCAGCGGACGACGUGACUACUGGAACGCAAGGGAGCUCGUCUAGUUCAUCAUCCUCACUCAACACGGGACCAACAAUCCUAGAAGCAGGAAAAAGAAGGGCAUCUCUGUACGGUGAGUCUGUUGCUGAUGGACUGUUGCAACCAUGCUGUUCCGUAUCCCCUUCGAGAACGCUGGCGACCAGGCGGAAGAGUUUAAGGAUGUAGUUCAGUGAAACGCUAAACAAGUUGUACAACAUGAACUACAAUGGAAAUCUACUUCUUUUUACACAACGCAAAUCUACUUCUUUUUAGACGGUUAUUCAUCUUGGUAAUGGCAGUAGUGCAAGUAUGACUGCUGCAAGUGAUGACAUAGUACACGUCACGACACUUACCUUUUCAUGACCUACUUCAUCAACGAGCACAUCCACUAGAGGAGCAGGAGGUGCAUUCGUAGGAAUAACUGGCGGAGGAACUACGGCCAUUGCGUCCCUUCUAGGCGCACAACCUCAGAAUUCGGACAUUCCAAUAUCCCGACUCGUCCACGAUUCGCAAGGAGAAAAGCGUCUUUCCGUACAUGAACUGAAUCAACCUGACGGUCUGGUGAACAACGGCGGUUCAGCACGAAAUAAUCCAGCGCAAAAUUUCUUAUGAUGUGCUGCGUUGUUUUUGUUUUUCGUCGCCUUGAUUCUAUUUUGCUUCUCCUCGUUCUUUUUAACGCAUCAGUAUGAUACUUCUGUCUCCCGUUUUAUCCCUCUGGGGAUGGUGGAUGCCCAUCCUUCCAACCUUGAUUUGAAAAAAGUUGAGAACAAGCUGAAAGUGGAACCCAAACGAAACUACUGCUCUUCAAAUUCUUUCAGCUUCUAAGCUUCAGCGGUAUAGCCAGCGCAAGUCCCGGCUUACCGUACAGAAACCUGGAGUUGACACUCUCAAGGCUUCCACCAGCGCAAGAAUUGGGGUUAUUGCGGAGUACGGCGUCCAUCUUCUCAUGAUGCGUCAAUCUUCUCCUGAUGCGUCAAUCUUCUCAUGAUGAAGCAUGAUCCUCAGACUGAAAUUUUACUGAAGUACGUAGACUAUAAUGUUAAUGACCACGACUGGCACUGGUAUGCUAGAGAUUAAUGACACGUCCUUGUCCUUCAUCGGGAUCAUUUCACCCCAGGAGGUCUAGUGACUUACUAUGAUUUCUCUUGCGGGUACUACAAUUUUCGGAAGUCCGGUAUCUGCAACUAGCUGUUCUUCGUGUAAAGAUGAAGAAGAAGACUCUGAUAUCUUCUAUCGUUGAAGAUGAAGAUGACGACAUCGAUUUCAUGGGUAAUCUCUCGCCGUGUUGUAAGGAGCAAAGAUAAUCGUAAAAUAAUAUAAAAAUAAGCUCGCGAAGG